UUACAGGGACUUAUGGAGCCAGAAUCAGGGGCCAAUGAAACAGCUAUUACUGAGUUUAUUCUACUGGGCUUGGUGGAGGCAUCAGGGCUUCGACCAGUUGUCUUCAUGCUCUUCUUCUUUGCCUAUCUGGUCACAGUAGGGGGAAACCUCAGCAUCCUGGCAGCCAUCUUGGUGGAGCCAAAACUCCACACCCCCAUGUACUUCUUUCUGGGGAACCUCUCAGUGCUGGAUAUUGGGUGCAUCAGUGUCACUGUUCCUCCAAUGUUGAGUCAACUUCUGUCCCACAAACGUACAGUUCCUUAUGGAGCCUGCCUUACACAGCUCUUCUUCUUUCAUCAGUUAGCUGGUGUAGACUGCUUCCUGUUGACAGCCAUGGCCUAUGAUCGAUUCCUGGCCAUCUGCCGGCCCCUCACCUACAGCACCCGCAUGAAUCAAACAGUCCAGAGGAUAUUGGUGGCCAUGUCCUGGGUGUGUGCCUUCACCAAUGCAUUGACCCAUACUGUGGCCAUAUCCACACUCAACUUCUGUGGCCCCAAUGUGAUCAAUCACUUCUACUGUGACCUCCCACAGUUGUUCCAACUCUCCUGCUCCAGUACCCAACUCAAUGAACUGCUGCUUUUUGGUCUGGGGAUCCUCAUGGCUGGUGCACCUGUGAUUCUCAUUGUUACCUCAUACAUCCACGUGGCAGUAGCAGUCCUGAGAAUCCGCUCCGCUGAAGGCAGGAAGAAGGCCUUCUCCACAUGUGGCUCCCACCUCACAGUGGUAGGCAUCUUCUAUGGGACUGGUGUCUUCAGCUAUAUGAGGCUGGGCUCAGUGGAGGCUUCAGACAAGGACAAGGGUAUUGGCAUCCUCAACACUGUCAUCAGCCCUAUGCUGAACCCACUCAUCUACAGCCUGAGGAACCCUGAUGUGCAGGGUGCCCUGCAGAGAGUGCUCACAGGAAAGCAAAUUAUGAUGUAA